GUAUAUAAAGCUCUACCAAAGCAUCACAUGCUACAACAUUGCCUCCAUUUAGUUCCCAUUUCUUUAACUAAAAUUUAUCGAUGGCGCAAACAAUUUCUCCAAAUAAUUUAUAUGAAAGAACAUCAGUAAAAAAGCAUAUACAUAAAGCUUCAGAUAUUUGUAUCCUCUUCCUUAUGUGUUCUCUACUUGUUUACCAUUUUCUCACUCUAAAAAACCAUGGAUUUGCUUGGUUUCUUGCUCUCUUAUGCGAGUCUUGGUUUACUUUUUUGUGGGUUCUCGUUGUCAGCACCAGAUGGAACCCUGUCAAGUUCAUAACUUACCCGGAACGCCUUCCUCAACGCGCGGAAGAAUUUCUUCCUCGGGUGGAUAUGUUUGUGACAACUGCAGAUCCGGUGCUAGAACCGCCGAUGGUGACAAUGAAUACAGUAUUAUCGUUAAUAUCCGUUGAUUAUCCGGCGGAUAAGUUAGCGUGCUAUGUUUCAGACGACGGUUGUUCAUCUCUAACAUAUUACUCUCUUGUCGAAACAUUAAAGUUUGCUAAAAUUUGGGUUCCAUUUUGCAAGAAAUAUAAUAUUCAAGUUAGAGCUCCUUUUAGAUACUUCACCACAGUAGUACCCUUAUCCACUCCUAAUUCAUUGGAGUUCCAACAAGAUUGGAGAAUCAUUAAGGAUGAGUACGAAAAGUUUGGCAGAAAAAUCCAAGAUGCAUCCCUAAAGUUUGUUCCACUGGAUCAAAAUGAUGAUUUAGCUAUUUUUUCCAAUAUUGACCGCAGAAGUCAUCCCACUAUUAUCAAGGUGAUAUGGGAGAAUAAGGAAAAUAUUUCAGAUGGGUUGCCUCAUUUAAUCUAUGUAUCAAGAGAAAAGAGACCAAAUUAUCCACAUCACUACAAAGCUGGUGCUAUGAAUGUGCUUACAAGAGUGUCGGGAUUGAUGACAAACGCACCGUUGAUGUUAAACGUAGACUGCGACAUGUACGCCAACGAUCCGCAGAUAGUUCGUCAUGCACUGUGUUUCUUGUUAAGCUCAGAAUCGUUUGCAUUUGUACAGUCUCCACAAAUGUUCUAUGAUGAACUAAAAGAUGAUCCUUUUGGAACUAGUUUUUUAGUUUUGAUUGAGUACAUGGGACGUGGAGUAGCAGGACUUCAAGGACCAUUCUAUGAAGGAACUGGAUGUUUUCAUAGAAGAAAAGUAAUUUAUGGAUUGUGUCCACAACAUUUAACAAAUCAAUCCAAAAUUCUCACUCCAGUAUCUGAUAAUUUAAGUGACGUGGAACUAGUAAAGUUAUUUGGAAAAUCAAGAGAGUUUAAAAAAUCAGCAGGUGAAGCAUUAAAAGGAAAAAAAAGUGGUCCGAGAAAUGUUUGUAAUUUGGUGAAGGCUGCAUGUGAAGUUGCAGAUUGUGGCUAUGAAUACGGUACUGCAUGGGGCUCACAGAUCGGUUGGCAAUAUGGAUCCACAACAGAAGAUAUUCUAACAAGCCUCAUGAUUCAUUCUAGAGGUUGGAAAUCUGCAUAUUGCACACCGCACACUCCACCUUUUCUUGGUUGUUCACCGUCGACCGGACCAUCAUCAAUGACACAACAAAAAAGAUGGGCAACCGGUUUGCUCGAAAUCCUCGUAACCAAAAAAAACCCUAUAGUCUCCACCGUUACUGGCCACCUCCAACUCCGGCAAUGUUUAGCCUAUUUAUGGAUCCUUCUUUGGGGUUUACGUUCCAUCCCCGAACUCUGCUACAUGCUUUUGCCAGCUUAUUGUCUCGUCUCUAACUCCAAUUUCUUGCCGAAAUUCGACGAACCGCCCAUUUAUGGAUAUUUAGCUCUUGUUAUCAUAUACUGUUUAUACACCAUUUUGCGGUAUCUUCAAAUUGGAUUGUCGGUUCUUUCGUGGUGGAAUAAACUUCGAAUGUCGCGGAUAGUUACUAUAAGUUCAUGGUUGUUUGGAGUUUUGAGUGUCGUGUUGAAGAUUCUUGGCUUUUCAGAGACGGUUUUUGAAGUUACACAGAAAGAUCAGUCUAGUGGUGAUGAUGUUGGUGAUGAUGCUGGCAGGUUCGAUGGAUCGCCCGUUUUUGUGCCAGCAACUACAGUUUUGCUUAUAGAGUUGAGUGCUAUUGUUUUGGUUUUGUUUAGGGGUGGUGGAGUUUUUCGGUUACAGGGUGGAGAAAUUUUGUGUAGCUCAACUGUGGUGAUAUUUUUAUGGCCAUUUGUUAAGGGGUUGUUUGGGAAAGGAAAAUAUGGUAUUCCAUGGCCAACAAUUUGUAAAUCAGCUGUUUUAGCUAUGUGUUUUGUGCAUUCUUGCAAGUGAGUUUCUAGGGUUUAAGAUUUUGGAUGUGAAAUAGUAUUUGAUUGUGGCCCUCAAAUUAUUUGUUAGUCAGAUUUUUUAUUAUUAUUAUUAUUAAAAUACGAACAGAAAAAACUGGUGUAAUACUCUCAUAUCAGAUAUGGUAUUCCUACUUUUCAUUUUA